GAGAAUGGCUUCAAGGAACUCGUCCUCUGUUGCUCUUUUCUUCGCCCUCAACAUCCUCUUUUUCACCUUAACCGUUGCAACUGAUUGUGGUUGCAGCCCAAGUCCCAAACCCAAGCCGGUCCCAAGUCCUAAGCCCCCCAAGCAUGUCCCAAGUCCUUCAGUCCCAAGUCCCUCUGUCCCAAGUCCAUCGGUCCCACACCCUAAUCCUAGGCCGGCCACACCUCCGAGGACCCCUGGCUCAUCAGGAAACUGUCCAAUAGAUGCUCUCAAGCUCGGUGUAUGUGGAAAUGUCCUAAGCGGCCUACUCAACAUACAAUUGGGUCAGCCAUCAGCUCAACGAUGCUGCUCGGUUAUCCAAGGUUUGGUUGACCUCGAGGCUGCGGUUUGUCUCUGCACUGCUCUUAGGGCUAACGUUCUUGGGAUCAACCUUAACGUUCCUAUAUCUCUCAGCGUUCUUCUCAAC